AUGCUCGGUCCAACACACGAUGGCGAGCGGUACGAGCUCACCAGCCCAACGGCAAUGCCCAAAGCGGGUGGAUUCCUAUGGAAUCAAAAGAUGAUGAUCCAAAUGACGUGUCGUGGAUAUGCCGUCGCACAAUUCAUGCAGCCCGAGCCCGCCAAGUAUUCCCAUGCGCCGAAUCUGGAGGCGAAGACUUUCAUGCAACCUGAGCAGAAUUACUACACCCACCACCCCGGCCGUUUCGUCUAUGUCAAGGACGAAGAAACAGACGAAAUUUUCUCGGCACCUUAUGAGCCGGUCAGGACUUCGCUGGAUCGGUUUGCCUUCUCCGUUGGCAAGAGCGACAUCUCAUGGAACGUGGAGAAUCUCGGAAUCCGGGUCGAGAUGAAGUUUGGUCUACCAACAAAUGAUGUAGCUGAACUUUGGACGAUCAAGGUCCAAAACAUUUCAGAACGACGUCGCAAGAUUAGUGUGUAUCCUUAUUUCACCAUCGGAUAUAUGUCAUGGAUGAAUCAGGAGGGUGAAUAUCGCCAGGAUCUGGGCGGUAUAGUUGCAAGCAGCAUUACACCUUACCAAAAGCCUCAGGACUAUUCUAAGAUCAAGCUACUCAAGGACAAGACCUAUUUCCUGUGUCGAACCGAGCCAGACUCUUGGGAGGUCAACCAACAUGCAUUUGAGGGCGACGGUGGUUUGCACAAUCCCUCUGGCUUAUCAGAGCCAACCCUACGGAAGGGGGAUGCCCGCUAUGAAACUCCAGUCGCUGCGGUACAGUAUCGUCUGGACCUGCAGCCCAAUGAAGAGCGCGAGUACUGCUUCUUAUUUGGGCCUGCGCUCGAUGAUGCAGAAAUUAUCGAAAUGCGAGACAAGUACUUGAGUAAAGAAGGAUUCUCCAAGGUUGCUGAUGACUACGCCUCUUACAUCGAGAAGGGCAGCGGCUGUGUUCGAAUUGAGACUCCUGACAAGGAUCUGGACAACUUUGUCAACAACUGGAUGGCCCGUCAGGUAUAUUACCAUGGGGACGUGAAUCGCCUUACUACCGACCCACAGACCCGAAACUAUAUGCAAGACAACAUGGGAAUGAGCUUCAUCAAACCAGAGGUGGCCAAAAAAGCCAUCAUUACGGCACUCUCCCAGCAAGAAUCCUCUGGAUCUAUGCCAGACGGUAUCAUCUUAGUCGAGGGCGCUGAGCUGAAGUACAUCAACCAGAUCCCUCACACCGACCAUUGCGUUUGGCUUCCGAUUGCUUUGGAAGUGUACUUGGCCGAAACAGCAGACUACGAGCUACUAAGUAUCCCGGUACAGACGCAGAACGGAGAUAAAUUCACCGUGUUUGAGCGGCUGAGUCGCGCCAUGGACUGGUUAUUAUCAAAGCAAGCGCGGGACCAUCGUGGUCUGAGUUUCAUUGCCCAAGGAGAUUGGUGCGACCCUAUGAACAUGGCAGGCUGGAAAGGCAAGGGAGUAUCCGGCUGGUUGACCGUAGCAACCGCAUACGCCCUGAAUAUCUGGGCUACUAUUUGUGAGCAACAGGGCGAUAAGCCAUCAUCCUCACGUUACCGUGCUGGGGCCAAGGAUGUCAACGAUGCGGCAGACAGACAUUUAUGGAAUGGCGACUGGUUUGCGCGUGGCAUUACGGACGACGAUGUUGUGUUUGGCGUAAAAGACGACCCGGAAGGCAGGAUCUGGCUCAACCCGCAGGCCUGGUCUAUCCUUGGGGGGGCUGCUUCUCCCGAGAAAAUUGGCAAGAUGCUCCCUCAAAUCGAUCGGCAGUUGGGCACACCUUAUGGCGUGCUGAUGUUUGCACCUCCUUUCACGGGCAUGCGCGAGGAUAUCGGCCGCGUAACCCAGAAAUAUCCCGGGCAAGGGGAGAAUGGGUCUGUGUACAACCACGCAGGAGCAUUCUAUGUCCACAGUUUAUACUCAAUCGGCGAAAGCGACAGAGCGUACAGAAUAUUGCGCCAGAUGAUACCAGGUCCAAGUGAAGACGAUUAUGUCCAACGGGGACAGUUACCUAUAUACAUCCCGAACUACUACCGAGGAGGAUGGCACGAAUAUCCACGCACCGCAGGGCGCUCGAGCCAAUUGUUCAAUACCGGAACCGUGUCGUGGGUUUACCGUUCCUUCGUUGAAGGACUGUGUGGCCUGCGUGGUGAUCCCAACGGUUUAUCCAUCUGCCCCCAACUACCUUCAGCUUGGGACGGGAUGAAAGUCACUCGACUGUUCCGCGGGGCCACAUUUUACCUAGACAUCCGCCGCGACAAAGAUGUCCAGCGCGUGACUGUUUCCCAUGAGGGAGACACGCUACCAGGAGCUCAUUUUGGUGGGAUCAAAGCUGGCGAAGUAUACCACCUGAAGGUUGCAGUGCCCUUCACGAACAAGCCGUAG